AUGGCACAUCAACCAGCAGGGCUACGCAAACGUGGGCGCAACCAUGAAGAUAGCAGUGAUUCUUCUCGCUCCCCAACUCGCCGCUGUCUGGCCUCUAAAUCACCGGGAUCCCCAGUCCCUGCCAAGUCCACAGCAUCUCUUCCCCCAUAUCCUAUUCCAGAUGACAACAGCUUAUCCAGUUAUGGAAAGACACCGUUUACGCCCACUAGUCCUGUAAGUGAUGAAAGACCCCCCAUGUCAAACGAACAAGUCUGCGAGUUUUAUCGAAAGGGAGCUGCAUUCCAAGCAUGGAUUGCUGACCCAACUCUAGGCGGCUGCCAAUGUGGGCAAUCAAGAAUUACAUUGUUCAAUUUAUUCAACAACAGCAAUAAGAGAGAUAGGUUUACUUGUCCCGAGAACCAUUUUGAUGACCCGCCCCGAACCAUUCAGGAGGACUUGGAAAAUUUAGGGUUUCCCACAACAGAGAAAGGGUACCGCUUCACAAGAUUGACACACCACGGUUUGGACAAAGAUGGCUACAAAAGGGAAACUGAGUAUCAACACUCCUUCGCGAAAGGCGUUCUAAUUGGUGAAGUUAUUUACAGAUACACGGGGCCUCAUUGGUCCAAUGUCGCUAUUGCUCAAUAUAAGUUUGACCACCCCAUCGAUACGCUCAAAUAUCUUUAUUUUACUAAUGUCCAAAACGACGAGACCCUACCCUAUGUGCAGGAAAUCCUCUACCCGAGACAUGAUGUGGAUUGGCCCGAGCUUAAUCGGAUUGAGAGUCAAGUAUGGGAGUAUGAUACCGAGGAGUAUAAAGAGAUUCUAGGUACACAGCUAGGGAAGGCAGCGGCAUGCCUUGUGCUAGGGGCCUGGGAGAGAGGUACGCAUCGCAUCGCUAGAGUUCUCACUCUCGGUCGUGAGUACCAGAUACACCUUCGGUUUGAUAUUGAGCCACUCCCUACGUCGCCAAAUGUUUGA